AUGAGCUCCAGCCGACAAGAUUGUGCUGUUUGGAGGAUGAUCAUUGUUGGAAUUCAAAACAGCUGCAGGAUAACUUAUUGGGAAGAGAAAAUUAAAUCAGGAAUUAUCUGUGAAAGCUGUUUAAAGGUUUUAUAUUUUACCUUCAUAAUCCAAAGCUUGCAGGAUAAAAGGAAAGGGAAAAAACCCUGUCCAAGCAUUGCUCUCUCAUCAAAUGCUUUUAAAUCUGUCUUUCUCUAGUACUGGAUAAAUGAAUACACCUCCACAUUGGGCAUUGGAGUCUUCCAUUCUGGAAUUGAGAUCUACGGUAGAGAGUUUGCCUAUGGAGGACAUCCCUAUCCUUUCAGUGGGAUUUUUGAAAUCACACCAGGCAGUGCAGUGGAGCUUGGAGAGACCUUUAAAUUCAAAGAAUCCAUUGCCUUGGGCACCACAGACUUCACGGAAGAAGAUGUGGAUAAAAUCAUGGAGGAACUGGGCAAAGAGUACAAAGGCAAUGCUUACCAUCUCAUGCACAAGAAUUGCAAUCACUUCUCAGCUGCUCUGGCAGAGAUCCUUUGUGGGAAGGAAAUCCCACGCUGGGUGAACCGCCUGGCCUACUUUAGCUCCUGCAUUCCGUUUCUGCAAAGCUGCCUCCCCAAGGAAUGGCUGACCCCUGCCGCUCUGCAGACUCACAUCAACCUUGGCCUUCACAAGGAAGAGCAGGGAGAUACCACGGACGAGGAAUCGCCAUCGACUUCUGCGGCUGCUUCAGCCCCAGGCCCUUCGCGAACCUGCCGGCAUACCAGGGUCUGA